CGUUUAUUGGGUUAUAGAUUGGAUGAGUUUAGGGAUUUUGUGACUCUCCGGUGAUAUAUUGUAAAAGUAGAUUAGUCAAAAUUGAUUCGGCGAUUUGGGGUAAGCUUAGGCCCCAGGUUGGGCGUAGAAUGGGAACAGGUGACAGAUUAUUGGAUAUUCCGUGCAAGGUGUGUGGCGAUCGCAGCUCAGGAAAGCACUAUGGAAUAUACAGCUGCGAUGGUUGCUCUGGCUUCUUCAAGAGAAGCAUCCACCGCAACCGAGUCUACACCUGCAAAGCAACCGGAGACCUUAAAGGUAGAUGCCCUGUAGACAAAACUCACAGGAACCAAUGCCGGGCCUGCAGACUUUCCAAGUGUUUCCAAGCUAGCAUGAACAAAGAUGCCGUCCAACACGAACGCGGUCCAAGAAAACCGAAAAUGCAGAGCAUCUCAAGUAACCAAACGACAUCACACCAUCCCACCACGAUUGGUUCUCACCCUCUACAACUACCACUACCAGAAGGAUCCGCGAGUAAAAUCAACCCGCAGCCCGGAACUGCUUUUCAUUUCGCCCCGACGAGUCUCUUCGUGCCCCCGCACCAUCCCUUAAAAGUUCUUACCUUGCCACCCCAUACUGCAGGGUUGGGUAGCCCUCCAAGGGGACAUUUGGAAAGUGGAGGACCUCCACUGGGACCUCCGCUGUUUCAUCAUCCACAACUGCCGCCACCUCCCGGAUUGUUAAAUGUUCUUAUGUCGGCUGAAAAGUGUCAGGAGCUCGUUUGGGGAACAAAAAUCACCCCGACAGACUCUUCAGCCUCAGAGUCUAGCAGUAGACUGAGUAUAUCGAGUCCAGGACUACCAUUGCCACCCCCGUUGAGUCCUACCCUGCCACCACCGCUUCCUUUGACACCCACUUGGGAAAUGUUACAGGAAACUACAGCUCGUCUACUGUUCAUGGCAGUCCGAUGGGUGCGUUGUCUGGCCCCAUUCCAGACUCUCAGCAAAAACGACCAACUGCUGCUUCUCCAGGAGUCCUGGAAAGAGUUGUUCCUGUUACAUUUGGCCCAGUGGAGUGUUCCUUGGGACCUGUCUGUCCUAUUGGGGUGCUCGCAAGCCAGAGAACGGUUGCCUAAUGAUAUCCAUACUGCUACCGAAAUUAAGACUAUACAGGAAAUUAUGUGCAGAUUCCGUCAAAUAUCUCCUGAUGGGAGCGAAUGCGGAUGUAUGAAGGCCAUUUUAUUAUUCACCCCGGAAACUGCUGGUCUGUGUGACGUGCAACCGGUAGAAAUGCUCCAGGACCAAGCGCAAUGCAUUCUGGGUGAUUAUGUGCGCAUGCGCUAUCCUAGACAACCCACCAGGUUCGGCAGACUGUUGCUCCUCGUCCCAAGUCUUAGAGCCAUCAGGUCAAUGACGGUGGAGCUGCUGUUUUUCAAAGAAACCAUCGGAGAAAUACCGAUUACGCAGCUUCUAGGCGACAUGUACUAUAUGGAAAAAUGUGCUACCGGUGCCCAAUAAUUUAAUUUAUAAUUAUGUUUAGUUGAUGUAUGUAAUUGCAAUUACUUAUUACCAUUUUGAAUUUAUAUCAAAAAGGCAUUCCACUUGCUGUCAACAUGUGGCAACGGCGCUCGCUUUAAAGGUAUGCCAUGCCCUAUAUGAAUCACCCAGUAGGGAUGUGCUGAUUAGAAAUCGGGUAGGCUCGGCUCGUCUAGAGCAAGCGCUGUUGUCAGAUGUGGCCAGAAGAACACUGGUAUGACCGAAAAAUUGAUAAUGCCCAAAGUUUAUUUACCGAGUACUAGUCUUUUUCUGUGAUAUAUUAAUUAUAUUACUUUGUUAGUUUGGUUAAUUAAGGAUUUGUAAGAUAAAAUUUGUAGAAUAGAAACGAUUUUUAAAUGGUGAUGUACGAAUAUUUAUUAUCUUGUAAAAGUAACCGGCGCAAAAUAAAUUAUUCAUUAAAUUUGUAUUAAAUUCUAAUGCAUUUAAGAAUAUAAGUGUCUCCGUAAAAACUAUGUGUAAUAAAACAUAUUUUAAAAAUUUGUUUACCUUUGUCUACCCCUUUUGAAGAUUCCGCCCUGAAAGUUGCAACUUCUCUCUGUAAUCUUAGCAAUGUAACAAAAGAAAACAGUAUAAUAAUAGCGUUUUCGUUUCAUCGCGCUAGUGUAGUAAAGGAAAACGCUAUAUUACAGUUAAAAUAGUGUUUUUCUUUGAACG